GUUCUGGGCUGCGGCCGCCGAGUGUGGGGCGGCCGCGAGGGCUGUGGGAAGAGAGGCGGUGGCCCAGCCCGUUGCGGGCCCCGCCGCGGCGCAGGCUGCCGGGGACACCGAGAGCAGCGGCCACUCGCGCCCGGGAUGCAGGACUAGCGGCUGGCUGCGCGCGGCCGUCCGUCGGGGCAGCGAGGCCUCGCGGCGGGCCGGCCCUGGCGGGGCGUCCCCGGGCGCCGCCCCCUGCGCCCUGAGGCCGGGCCCGCCGCUUCUGCUUUCCCGCUUCUCGCGGCAGCGGCGGCUGGGGAGGCGCCUGAGCCCGCCGCCCGGGAAAGCCGCGCUGCCGCCGCCGCCGCCGCCGCCGCCGCCGCCCGCGCCCUGACGGCCGCUGUUAUGCGUAUUCCUGUAGACCCGAGCACCAGCCGCCGCUUCACACCUCCCUCCACGGCCUUCCCCUGCGGCGGCGGCGGCGGCAGCAAGAUGGGCGAGAACAGCGGCGCGCUGAGCGCGCAGGCGGCCGUGGGGCCCGGCGGGCGCGCCCGGCCCGAGGUGCGCUCGAUGGUGGACGUGCUGUCGGACCACGCGGGAGAGCUCGUGCGCACCGACAGCCCCAACUUCCUCUGCUCCGUGCUGCCCUCGCACUGGCGCUGCAACAAGACGCUGCCCGUCGCCUUCAAGGUGGUGGCACUGGGGGAUGUGCCAGAUGGGACGGUGGUGACGGUGAUGGCAGGCAACGAUGAGAACUAUUCUGCUGAACUGCGCAAUGCCUCUGCUGUCAUGAAGAACCAGGUGGCUAGAUUCAAUGACCUGCGCUUCGUGGGCCGCAGUGGGCGAGGGAAGAGCUUCACACUGACCAUCACAGUGUUCACCAACCCCACCCAAGUGGCCACCUACCACCGAGCCAUCAAGGUCACCGUGGAUGGACCCCGGGAGCCCAGACGGCACCGGCAGAAAAUAGAAGACCAGACCAAGGCGUUCCCAGAGCGCUUUGGGGACCUGCGCAUGCGAGGGACACCGAGCACGCCCAGCCCCCGCGGCUCACUCAGCACCACAAGCCACUUCAGCAGCCAGGCCCAGACCCCAAUCCAAGGCACCUCGGACCUGAACCCGUUCCCAGACCCCCGCCAGUUUGACCGCUCCUUCCCGGCCUUGCCAACCCUCACAGAGAGCCGCUUCUCCGAUCCCAGGAUGCAUUACCCAGGGGCCAUGUCAGCUGCCUUCCCCUACAGCGCCACUCCCUCGGGCACCAGCCUGAGCAGCCUCAGCGUGGCGGGCAUGCCAGCCACCAGCCGCUUCCACCACACCUACCUCCCACCGCCCUACCCUGGGGCCCCGCAGAGCCAGAGCGGCCCCUUCCAGGCCAACCCUGCGCCCUACCACCUCUACUAUGGAGCCUCCUCAGGCUCCUACCAGUUCUCCAUGGUGGCUGCGGGUGGUGGUGAGCGCUCUCCCACCCGCAUGCUGGCCUCCUGUCCCAGCAGUGCCACAUCAGUGGCUGCUGGCAACCUCAUGAACCCCAGCCUGGGCCAAGGCGACGGCGUGGAGGCUGAAGGCAGCCACAGCAACUCACCCACGGCCCUGAGCACACCGGGCCGCAUGGACGAGGCCGUGUGGCGGCCCUACUGACUGUCCACCCACCCUCCAGCGGACUCCUCACUGCCCACAGGACCCUAGCCCUCCGCCAGGGACGGCACCCCCUUCCAAGGCUCUCAGCAGGAGCAGGACUUCUCACCAGGGGUUGGAGCUGGCAGGCGGCUCCCAGAGUUUCCAUCCAGCCACAUCAUUGUACAGACAGGGCGCGGAGGUCCCCCACUCUGUCUUCCUCAUCUCACCCUGCUACCUCCCCAGAACCACCGUACUGCCCUAGCUAUUGUAGGCCUGCCUCUGUGACAUAGGCCAUCUCUGCUCCAGAGAGGUAGCCUUCACCCACAGGAUAAACCCCAGGCCUCCGCCUUCCUCAGACACCCUACAUCCCAUGGUCCCAGCCCUCCCUCUGCAUUGACAGCCAUGAGUAAGAACUGGAAAGCCCCUCACCCGACAGGGCUCCCCCUCCCUGCACAGGUGGGGAAGGAUAUGGCUGGCAGAGGGGAUGAAGACACACCCCAACCAGCCCUCAGCCCGUUUCCCCACAAUUCCUACCACCCAAGAGGGCCCCUGCCCCAUCCCAGUUAUCUGUGGGCCCCAGGACCAGCGCAGACCUGGUUGUGGCGGGUCUCUGAAGCAGGAAGGGCCCAUACACUUGGACCCUCUGUGCACUUUCCACCUAAGGCGCUCGCCCUCUGUGCUCUUGGAGAACUCAAAAGUCAGAUAAAUCCUAGCAGAAAGCAUUGGAGUGGGGAGUGAUCAGGGUAGGUCAGCAGUCCUGACCCCCUAGGUCCACCAAGCUGUGCCCCUGCCCCCAGCCACAUCUUCCAGCUCCUGACACACAGUUCGCUGACCUGUUUGCACUCGAAGUGUGAACAAAACCAGUUUUUAAAUCUGAUUUUAGAAAA